AUGCAAUCAGGUGGGCCUGAAUCAGAAAACCCCAUGACCGAACGGGCUCAGUCUCUGUCUUCUGCAGAUACAAGAGGGAAGCAUAGGAUACAUGCAGAACUGAAGCGGUUGGAGCAGGAAGCAAGGUUCUUAGAGUUUUCAGGUAGAAAUAGAAUGGAUGUGAAAAUUUUCAGAACAUAAAUCUAUUUGCUGUGUACUUAUCAAAAAGAUAUAAGUUUCAGAAUACCAUGCGAAACUUAGCUUCGUAAUCCGGUCAGGAUAAAUAGGCAUAUGUGCUUGCUGCCUAAAGAGAAAAAAGGGUUAUUGUAGCACUGGAUGAAAAGAGUGGUUGGAACCUCUACUAGAUGGUCUUAUCCACAUUACCUUCUUAUUUCCUCCUUUUUCGUGGAUGGUGGGCUAAAAUACAAGCGUGGCUGGGAUUCCAUUCUGGAAUCAAUCUGUCCCCAAAAGUGAUUCAAGUGCCAUUCCCAUUUGAACCAAGUCUCUUGGGGGUUCUGUAUUGCCUUUUUAGGUUCUCUAUCACUAUGCUCAUAUUUUCAGCGCUCUGUGGGAAUAAAUUGCUUAGUCAUUUUGCACUGCUUGUACUACUAUGCAAAAUUUUUGGAGAUCUAGGGAGCCAUGUGGAAGAGCUGGAACAACUUGAAAGGAUGGAAAAAGCAUCUACAUCAUGCAAAGAAAUGCUCAGUAAUGUGGAAACAAGGCCUGAUCCUUUGCUACCGUCAACAGUUGGUCCCGUAAAUCCUGCAUGGGAUCGAUGGUUCGAAGGCCCCCACCAAGAUUCCAAAGGCUGCUGCAGAUGUUCGAUUCUCUGAUGAUCAAUACCCCUACCCUCUCUUUUUAUCCUUAAUCCCAGAUUAGAAUAGGAAAUUUGUGAGUUUUGAAAUUAUAUUGUUAAUUGGCAUUUUUUUAUGAAAUGUUUCCUUGUUCAGAUGACAGUCACAGCAAAUACAUAUAUUUUAUGUUUCAGAUAACAGCUUAACUGCGCAGAUGAUGAUUACUAAACCUUUGUCAAUGAUAGUCAAUACUCAAUAGUCAUAGAACAUUUUUCUCUCUC